AUGGCAAAAUAUACGUCGAUGUGUGAGAGGAGCUUGCUAUGUGUGCUGGGCCUCUCCAUCCUGGCGACGAGCGUGAGCGGCGGCGAUGAGGCCGCCCUGCUCGCUUUCAAGGCCGAGCUCACCAUGGACGGCGGUGCGCUGGCAUCGUGGAACGGCAGCACCGGGUUCUGCAGCUGGGAGGGAGUGGCGUGCACCCGUGGUACGAAGCGGAACCCACCGCGGGUGGUGGAGCUGAACCUGCCCAUGAGAGGGCUUGCCGGGACGCUCUCCCCGGCCAUCGGGAACCUCACGUUCCUGCAAGCACUGGAGCUGGGAUUCAACUGGCUGCACGGCGACGUCCCAGACAGCCUCGGCCGUCUCCGUCGCCUCCGCUACUUGGACCUCGGCUACAACACCUUCUCCGGCAGGUUCCCCGCCAACCUGAGCUCCUGCGAGGCCAUGGAGGAAAUGUUCCUCGACGCCAACAACGUCGGCGGCCGCGUGCCUGCAGAGUUCGGGGACAGGCUGACGCGGCUCCAGGUGCUCCGUCUCAAGAACAACAGCCUCACGGGGCCUAUCCCGGAGUCGCUUGCCAACAUGUCGUCGCUACGCCACCUCGCCCUCGCCAACAACCAGUUCGACGGCCAGAUCCCGCCGGGGCUCGCCAACCUCGCCGGCCUCCGGGCCUUGGACCUCGCCGUGAACAAGCUCCGCGGCGCGCUCCCGCUCGCCAUGUACAAUCUGUCGUCGUUGAAGGUCUUCCACGUGGAAGGGAACCAGCUCCAUGGCAGCAUUCCCGCCAACGUCGGCAGCAAGUUCCCCGCCAUGGAAGACUUCAGCCUUGCCAACAACAGGUUCACCGGACGCAUCCCUUCUUCCCUCUCAAAUCUCACCACUCUCACAAGCCUACAGCUCUCGAUCAACGAAUUCACUGGACUUGUGCCUCGCGAUAUCGGGAGGCUGGAGCAUCUUCAGAUCCUGUACUUGACCCACAACCUGCUUGAGGCAGCCGACACGGAGAGCUGGGAUUUCGUCGCUUCGCUGGCGAACUGCAGCAACCUGCUGCAGCUGAGCCUCAGUGACAACUCCUUCAGUGGGCAGCUCCCCAGAUCGGUGGUAAACCUGUCAACCACGCUGCAGUAUCUCUAUUUGUCAGACUGUGGCAUCUCGGGCAGCAUCCCGCAGGGCAUCAGCAAUUUGGUUGGGCUAACCAUACUUGAUUUUGCAAACACCUCAAUAUCCGGAGUGAUCCCAGACAGCAUCGGUAAACUAGCAAACUUGGUUCAGCUUGGCUUGUACAGAACCAGGUUAUCAGGCCUCAUACCAUCUUCACUUGGAAACCUUACACGGCUUAAUGAGAUUGUUGCAUACAGUAACAGCUUGGAAGGACCAAUCCCCGCAAGCCUUGGCAAACUAAGGAACCUGUAUCUCCUUGAUCUGUCAGAGAACUACCUGUUAAAUGGUUCAAUUCCCAAGGAGGUUUUUCUGCCAUCCCUUUCUUUGAGCCUGCAAUUAUCACACAAUUCAUUCUCAGGACCCCUUCCGUCAGAAGUUGGUGACUUGGUUAAUCUCAACCAGCUGAUCCUGUCAGGAAAUCAGUUGUCCGGCCACAUACCUGAUACCAUCGGGAAUUGCCUAGUACUGGAGUCGUUGAUGCUGGAUAACAACAUGUUUGAAGGAAACAUACCACAAUCUAUGCUGAAUGUAAAAGGGCUCCGGGAACUAAACCUGACCGCCAACAGAUUGUCAGGUGAGAUACCAGAUGCCCUUAGCAAUAUCGGCGCCUUGCAAGGGCUGUAUCUAGCGCACAACAACCUGUCAGGACCGAUCACAGCAUCUCUACAGAAACUAACGUCGUUGUUGGCAUUUGAUGCAUCCUUCAAUGAUUUGCAGGGUGAAGUGCCCAGUGGGGGUGUUUUCGGCAACUUGACUGCCAUAUCAAUAACUGGAAACAGCAAGCUGUGCGGUGGAAUACCUCAGCUUCGCUUGGCCCCAUGCUCUACGCAUCCUGUAACAGAGAGCAAAAAAGAUAGGUCAAAGCCUCUGAUCAUUUCUCUGGCAACAACUGGAUCAAUGUUAUUGCUAGUUUCAGUCGCUGUAACUAUUUGGAAGCUUAAGCAAGGACCGAAGGGUCAAGGGCCACCUACAGCAGUUACUCAGGAACACUUCCAAAAAGUUACGUAUCAGGCCUUGUUGAGGGGAACAGAUGGAUUUUCAGAAUCUAACUUGCUUGGCAAAGGAAGAUAUGGCUCGGUUUACAAAUGCAGUUUACAAGGUGAGGAUACACCAACACCAGUGGCUGUAAAGGUAUUUAACCUUCAGCAAUCAGGGUCUUCUAAGAGUUUCCAGGCUGAAUGUGAGGCGCUGAGAAGGGUACGCCACCGUUCUCUCAUAAAGAUCAUCACGCUCUGCUCAAGCAUAGAUAACCAAGGUCAAGAUUUUAAGGCACUGGUCAUGGACCUCAUGCCCAAUGGGAGCUUAGAUGGUUGGCUUCAUCCCAAGUACAGAACCUCCACUCUAAACAAUACUCUGAGCCUAACUCAAAGGCUAGAUAUUGCUGUCCAUGUCAUGGAUGCUCUGGACUAUCUUCAUAAUCACUGUCAGCCACCAGUUGUUCAUUGUGAUGUCAAGCCAAGCAACAUCCUCCUAGCAGAAGAUAUGAGUGCCCGAGUUGGAGACUUUGGCAUCUCAAGGAUCCUGCUUGAAAGUGCAAACAUAGCUGGGCAAAAUUCAAACAGCACCAUUGGAAUAAGAGGCUCCAUUGGUUAUGUUGCUCCAGAGUACGGAGAAGGUUUUCCAAUCUCAACUCUUGGUGAUGUUUAUAGCCUUGGGAUAUUUCUACUUGAGAUGUUUACGGGUAGGAGCCCAACAGACGAUAUGUUUACUGGAUCAUUAGAUCUUCACAAGUUCUCGGAGGCUGCUCUCCCUGACAGGAUCAUGGAGAUAGCUGAUCCAACAAUAUGGGUGCACAAUGAUGCCAGCGAUAAGAUCACAAGAAGCAGAGUUCAGGAAUCUCUGAUCUCUGUCAUUAGGAUUGGCAUAUCCUGCUCGAAGCAGCAACCCAGAGAGCGAAUGCCGAUACGAGAUGCAGCCAAUGAGAUGCAUGCAAUCAGAGAUGCAAACCUGUUGUUCGCCAGUUCUCUUGUAGUGGAACAUGAAGGUGACACGCUGAUCGAUAGGACAUGCACCAACUAUUAG